AGAAGCCUCUGGGGAGAAACUGUAUAUGGGAUCGGCAAGAGGACUGUUUGGUUCAACCGCCAUCUCUUCCAAAGACUCCCAGACGUCAUACUUGGGUCACUUCAGUUCACCCGUCACGUCCUUGAACGUAUCGCAGUCAGGCCAUACAAUCAUAUGCACGUCUUUAGGAAACGAAAGAGGUCUUGCGGCGCUGCAAGUAUGGAAAAAUGCCCCUCGAGACCCUGCUGAACAAGGGGUGUCUGCCGGUGAAACGGGCCUGGGCUUGUCGGUGGUGUUCACACCUACAAACAAGGGGUCUCUCUGGACCUCGACCAUAUCUAAACACGAUGAAAAUACGUAUGCUAUAGGAGGUACACGGCUGUUAAUGAUUGCUCGGCACACCUUCGACAGUGGGGCCGAUACCCGGCGAGCCCAACACAAGCUUCCAGUCCGGUCAGAUGUUUUCUCGACAAUGUUUCUUGAGCCCGAUGUUCUAGCAGCAGGUUGCAGAGACGGCACUGUGCAGCUUUUUGACACACGAGUACGGGAAGCGGGUGUUAUGAAGCUGAGGCAUGGGUCGUCAGUGACCCAUAUGCGAAACGUCCAGGAUCACUGCCUCGUAGUGAACGGUCUGCAAGGAAGCCUGGAGAUGUAUGAUCUACGAGCCCCGCGACCUCAUGCUCCAUCUGCAAGCUUCGGUCGGCAAACAGACCCAGUCGUUUCGUACCAAGGACAUCAGAACUCUCAUACGUUCCAGUUAGGCUUCGAUGUCGAUGCAGCGCUCGGCGUUGUUGCUGCAGCGGGCGACGAUGGCUCUGUGAGACUGUGGUCUCUUUACACUGGUACCUCUCUCGAUACAACCAAGCUAAAUCGAGGACGUAAACCCACCCAAAUUCAGACUCUACGGUUUUUUCACACGGCAGAACAGGAGGAUACAAGGUUAUUAAUUGCAACGCGCGAUAUCGUCGAGAGUUGGGGUUGUUGGACUGUUUGCUUCCGAUGAAAUUUGGAGUUCGGAGUUGGUUUUCGAUAUCUAUUGGUGAUAUACACAUAGUUUGGCA